GGCCCGGGCGGUGCGCGGCGGGCACGGAGCUGGGCACCCGGCGGCGGUGGCGCGGACUGUCCUCGGACUAGGAGCGACGCGGCCCCCGCGGCCGCACCAUGGAGUCGGGCGCCGAAGAGUACGAGCUCAACGGCGACCUGCACCCGGGCUCUCCCGGCUCCCCGGGAGCCUCGCCAGUUCGCUGGGGCCGGAACCGGCCCAUCAACGUGAACCACUAUGCCAACAAGAAAAGCGCGGCCGAGAGCAUGCUGGACAUCGCGCUGCUGAUGGCCAACGCCUCUCAGCUGAAGGCCGUCAUCGAGCAGGGGCCCAGCUUCGCCUUCUUCGUGCCCCUGGUGGUCCUCAUCUCCAUCUCCCUGGUGCUCCAGAUCGGCGUGGGCGUCCUGCUCAUCUUCCUGGUCAAGUAUGACCUCAACAACCCCGCCAAGCACGCGAAGCUGGACUUCCUCAACAACCUGGCCACGGGCCUGGUCUUCAUCAUCGUCGUGGUCAACAUCUUCAUCACUGCCUUUGGUGUCCAGAAGCCCCUGGGGGACGUGGCCUCCCGGCAGUAGAGGCCCAGAGCCCUGACCCAGGAAGCCCUGCCGACAGGAGUCGUGGACACCCAUGAACCUCUGAGCGCACGUCCACCACUGUCUGUGGCAGCAUUGACCCUGACGGUGACGCAGGAGACUCCAGCACUGACCGUCCUGGGCCCGGGAAGGCGCCCGCACUUUCUCCUCUCCCUCUGCAGAUGCCUCCCAGGCCCACAUGGGGUGCCACCCCCGACACCCGGGACCCUCGGCCAGCCUCUGGACUGCACUCGGGGUUGUGCCACCUGCAGUCAGGCUGCUCCCGACACCGGCCUGUGUCCUGGAAGCUGCGCCCAGGGGGAGCCCGGCGGGGCCCAUGGGGCAGCACGUCAGAGCUGAGGACAUGAGGGGCAGGGCAGGCCGCGGGCCCAGGACAUUUCCAGAGAGACACGGACGCCUGUGUCCUGCCCGGCCUGGCACGCAGCACCCUGGGGACCUGCCCUCUCUGCCUCUGACGCUUUCUCGGCCCCAGCUGUGGCCGCCAAUCUGUGCCUCACGACUGGGCUGGUGGCCCCAGGCCCGGCACACGGUCCCCACCAGCACGUGGGGGCUGGGCCACUCGCCUCCGGAGCCUGAGCCCCCAUUUUUCUAAACCCGAGUGACCAAUAAAACCGAAGCUUUUUCUUGCACAGUGCUGAGGG